GGCGCCGGAGCCGCCCCUCCUGCUCCCGGGGUUGCCGACCCGCCCCGGCCGCGAGGUGGCCGCCCGCCUUCUGCGCGCGCAGUUCCCCCGGCGCCCGCUAGCCCGCUCUGAGAGGAGCCGAGGCCCGGCCUCCCGGGACUGCCCUCCAGGGGGCGGGCGCGCGCCCCGCAGCCGCCGCAGCGGUAGACACGUCAGCGCGGCGUCUGUCCGGGGCCGAGCGCAGGAUGGAGAAGGCGGCGGCGGCGGCGGCGGCGGCCCUCGGGGCCGAGUUGGGCGUGCGGAUCGCCCUGUUCGCGGCCUUCCUCGGCUGAUCCAACCAGAGGAGAUGUGGCUUUACCGGAAUCCGUAUGUGGAAGCAGAGUAUUUCCCUACCAAGCCCAUGUUUGUCAUUGCAUUUCUCUCCCCACUGUCUCUGAUCCUCCUGGCCAGAUGUCUCAAGAAAGCGGGCGGGACAGACAGCAGACAGGCCUGCCUGGCUGCCAGCCUUGCCCUGGCUCUGAACGGUGUCUUUACCAACACAAUAAAACUGAUAGUGGGCAGGCCACGCCCAGACUUCUUCUACCGCUGCUUCCCGGAUGGGCAAGCCCAUUCUGACUUGAAGUGCACAGGAGACAAGGACGUGGUGAAUGAGGGCCGGAAGAGCUUCCCCAGUGGACAUUCUUCCUUUGCAUUUGCUGGUCUGGCCUUUGCUUCCUUCUACCUGGCGGGGAAGUUACAUUGCUUCGCGCCACAAGGCCGUGGGAAGUCUUGGAGGUUCUGUGCCUUUCUGUCACCUCUCCUCCUCGCAGCUGUGAUUGCACUUUCCCGCACCUGUGACUAUAAGCAUCACUGGCAAGACGUACUAGUUGGAUCCAUGAUUGGCCUGACAUUUGCCUAUGUCUGCUACAGGCAGUAUUAUCCUCCGCUGACUGAUGCAGAAUGCCAUAAACCAUUUCAGGACAGACUUGUACUUCCCAUUGCACAGAAGCCUGGUGAUCCUUAUCAUUUUAGUAUUUAGAAAUUGGAACUACCUCAGUGGAGAUUAGGUGAAUCACCCUUCGUAACUGCCCAAGAAUUUCUGACCUUUUGUCUCUUAAGAGGUACAAGUGAGGACAUCAGCACUUCAUUCUGCCUCCAUAUGUUUAUGCAGUUUUGCUCACAUGGAUUUAUCAUGGAGUCAAAGUUCAAGGUUCUUUUUCACUGCUCUGUGCCACACAUUUGGUAAAAAGAUCAUACAGUAGUCUACCAGCUGGUAUCCCAAUAUCUACAGCAUUUUACAUUUCAUUUAAAUGCCAUUCUGGGAAGGAUCUUUCACAAAGAAGCCUUUGCAAGGGGUGCCUGGGUGGCUCAGUCAGUUGAGCGUCCAACUCGAUUUUGGCUCAGGUCAUGAUUUCAGGGUUGUGGGAUUGAGCCCCAUUUCGGGCUCUGUGCUGAGCAUGGAGUCUGCUUAAGAUUCUCUCCCUCCGCCCCUCUCCCCUGCUCGCUCAGGCUCUAAAAUAAGAAAAAAAGAUUUUACGAAGAAGCCUCUACAUAUCCUAGAAGCUAGAGAUGAAUUUCCAUUUUCUAUAGCUCAAAAUCUUAAAAUCCAGGGCAUGACCAACUGAAAUUUUGGCUCUGUUUACUUUCUCUGGUGACAAUUCCAUCAAACCUUAUAUAGGAAAAUGUCCAAUUCUGGCUGUUUUACCUUCCUACAUAUGUACCUUACCUGAGUCUAGUCAAAUAUUGCUGUCCAUUUUAAAUACUGUGGACAUAAAUUAUUUAUUGAAUUACUAAGUAAACAGUUUUAAAAAAUGGAAGGACAAAUGAGGUGGAAACCACCCUCAGUUGCUAGUACUGAAACAUACUCCUAAACUGUGCUCACUAGUUUCCUUCUCUCCAUGCAUGACUGAAGACCUGCCCAAAUGCAUCAACUCUGCCAACUGGCUAAAGCAGGAAAGAAAAAUUACAGAUGUGGUUAUCUAGCGGAAAAAUGAACUUUCUGUGACCCUUCUUCAAAUGGGAUACAAGGAACAAUUUUACAGGAGAUGCUACAGGACCUACAAGUACCUUUCUCUUUACAAUCGUACUUUAAAUAUAACCUUGGCUUACGUGUUUCGGUAUCUUCAGUGUGUGUUUUUCCUUCAAUAAAUGUGAUAUUCAAAGAA